UCUAGUCAUGAGCUGUGGUGAAGAUGUGGUUCCUCCUUCUCCUCCUCUACAUAGCUCACAUUGAGCUGGUGUUCCUACAAGGUGAUGUAAACAGGCUGAUUCUGAGAAGUAAGAAUGGAAAGAACCCGUGUGAAGGCCACAUUGAAAUCUACCAUAAUGGUGUCCGAGGCUACGUUGGGGAACAAUAUUGGAGUGAAAAAACUGAAGAAGUGGUGUGCAGGAGCACUCACUGUGGGUCACCAGAGUCAAGGGCGUCCGGCACACUACGACCUGAGCAAAGCAUGGUGUUGCUCAAUGAAUUGGAAUGCGAGGGAAAUGAGAGUCAACUGUGGAACUGUAAAAAUCCUGGUUGGGGAAUCAGCAAGUACAAACAGGAUGCAGUUAAAUGGAUUGAAUGUUCAAAUAAAAUCAAAAUAACGCUGGAGGGAUAUGAAUGUGCCGGAAUAGUAAAGUACUCCAGUGGCAGUGAGGAAGGUUACUUCUGUUCUAAUAACUGGGGAGAAAAACAGGCAGAACGUUUAUGUAAAACCCUUGGGUGCGGUACAUCCAAGGAGAUUCCUGAGAAAGAAUGGAUGGAUUUUAACAAAAUCCAACACUCAAAGAUGAUGAUGAUCGACUGUUCAGGCCUUAAUGAAACUAAUCUGUGGCAGUGUACAGCUCAAAAGGAAAAACAGGAAUGUAAAAUCCCUGCUACUGUCAUCUGCACAGGUUUUAAGAAACUGCAACUCAAAGGAGAUGAAGCAAAUGUCUGUUCUGGAAUACUUGAAAUGGAGGAGAAUGGCGACUGGAAACCCGUUAACAGCAGCAGCAAAAGCGCUCCUGAUGUGUGGUGCCAACAUAUGCACUGUGGUACCAGUGUCAGUUAUAGUUUUAACAAUGGCGCACAUCAUCUGAACUGCACAGACAAUGUUCAAGUAGUUCUGAAGAGCAAUGCUAAAAACGACAAGUGCUAUGGUGAAGUUCAGAUUAAAGUGAAUGAUUUCACUCAUUCUGUGUGCGGCUCCUCUUUGACCCAUGAGACUGCUGAAGUGGUUUGCAAGGAGCUAAAGUGUGGGGCAGUGGUUGAUCAAUAUACACGUCCAGUAAGUCACAAUGGCAUCAUGGACAAUGUGGAGUGCUCAGGCAAGGAGUCCUCACUGUGGCACUGUAGGGGAAAGCAUAACAACAACCCUUGUACUAAAAAAGCCUUCGUAGUCUGUUCAGAGAGUGUGAAGGUGAGAUUGGCGGAUGGUCCUGGAAAAUGCGCUGGGAGAGUGGAGAUCCAGCAUGAGGGCAAAUGGAAAAGGGUUUCUACACAAAAAUGGACAAACCUCAAUUCAGAUAUUGUGUGCAAGGAACUGAAAUGUGGGGGAGCAAGAUCUGGCGAUUCGGAAACAUUCAGCCAGGGUUCAGCUGAUUUCCUUAAUAAGCUUGUAUCCUGCAGUAAAGGCUUUACGAGUAUAUAUGAGUGUAUUACAAAAUUCGCUCAAGCGAUUUCACCCUCUGAGAUGGCAAAGAUGAUAACCUGUGAAGGUCACAAGGUGGUAUUUCUAAACGAUACCUGCUCUGGCAUGGUAGGGAUACAGCACGGCAACAAAACCUACUGGCUCUCUGGGUCUAAAAACACAUGGAACCAAGAGUCUGCAAACACAGUGUGCGAGCAGAUGCAGUGUGGGAAAGCCUCCAAAUAUGAAAACUUCCCUAGUGCUGAUAUGAAGAAAGAUGUUUGGCAUGAAUCUUUUAACUGCUCUUCCAACACCAAGUCUCUGUUUGACUGUAAAAAAACAAAGAAAAAACUGCCAUCUGACCACAAUGACACUAUUGCUUAUGUGAAAUGCUCAGGAGCUAUCACUGUGAACCUGACCGAAGGGUGUUAUGGGACUGUCAAUGUUUGUUUGGGAGAGAAGUGUGGAGGUGUUUGCAAAGGCUCCUGGACAAAAGAAAAGUCGAUGAUGCUGUGUAAAGACCUCGGCUGUGGGGAUAAAAUCCUAACUUCCGGCCAAAAAAUUGAAAAAGAACCCAUCUUUAAGAGUUUGCACACCACGACGCAUACUACCUCUCUGAGCCAGUGCAACUUCAUCAAUAAUGAUGAAUCUGGUGAAAAAGCUACCAAAUGUGAACUAGCCACUGUCGUUUGCUCAGGCAGUGUCAAGGCUCAAUUUAGUGCAUCCAGGCAAAAAUGUUAUGGAAAUGUGAACGUGCAGUAUGAAGGCAAUUGGCUCCCAGUGUGCAGAGAUGCUCUAGAAGACCCAAAAACGCAAAAUGCCAUCUGUGGGGAACUGAACUGUGGCCAUGUGAUCAAACAGGUUAACUACUUCGGACCUACAUCAACAACGGGUUAUGCCAUUACAAAAAUACAGUGUCCCAAUAUUGACACCAAGUCAUUAACAGAAUGUGACAUAGUUUCUGAGAAGAGCACCUGCACUCUUGUUGGACUCCAGUGCUCCAGCUGGAGGAAGAUGGAGCUGAAAUAUGAUGAGGCCUGUAGUGGAGCUGUGUUUGUUCACUCCGAGAAAAACAGAAACCCCGUCUCCAUUGAAGGCUGGACAAAAACUGAGAUGGACAGGCUUUGCAAGGAUCUGGAAUGUGGCAGCUACACAUCAUACAAAAACAAAACAAUUAAAUCAUUUGAUUCUUUCUGGAACAGCAGCUUCAGCUGUGCAAGUAAUAUAACACCAAAAAACAUCUGGGACUGUGAAACUCAAACAGUGCCCUCGCAGAAACAGCAGCUGUGGAUUGAAUGUCAAGAUAAGCUCAAGGUCACACUUUCAGAGAACUGUAGUGGUGAAGUGAGGAUGGAUGACACUAGUGUGUGCUCCAGUAACUGGAACCACACCUAUUCACACAUGGUUUGUCAACAACAGAACUGCAGCAAUGCUAUCGAUAUGCCUUUAUAUUAUAAUAAAGAAAAAAGGCAAGAUACAUCCUACCACCAUGUCAGCUGUGAGGACUACCACCACAGACUUAGCCAAUGCAGCAGAUAUCAGGAAAAGUGUGAUGCUGGACCGGUGUCUGUUUACUGUGUUGGCAAUGUCAAGUUCCGCACAACAGAAAAGUGUGGAGGUCAAAUUGAAGUCAAAUAUAAAAAUGACGAGUGGGAAAAGGUGUGUCUAACAUCUAACAGUGCCCGGGUGAGCAAAUUGCUGUGUAAAGAGCUCGGUUGUCAUGAUUCUAUAAUAAACCCCUACAGCAAUAAUAACCAAAAGAAAAAAAAGGUUAAUUUAAAAACAACACUGAAUUGUGAGAAGAAUAACAACGACAUUAAGCACUGUGUCAAAAUACAGUCGUGUGACACAGACAAACCAGCUGAGAUCUACUGUAAAGGGUAUGUGAAGAGAAAAGAAGACGGUCCUAUUCCCAAACCAACCCCAGUUGUGCCUAUUAUCCUGGGAGUAGGAUUUCUUCUGUUUCUGGUGAUACUGAUUGUUGUAUUUGUACGAGUCUACAUUGUCAGGAAAGGAAAGAAGUCCAUGAAUGUCCCGUCGAGAAUGUUCUCAAGACAAGAACCAGACCUAGAGUUUGAUAGCGGCGACUAUGAGGAUGUCACAAACAAAGCAAAUGAAAUGGAAGACUUCAGUCGUGGCAGGUUCAGAUCAGAGGCUGAAGUCAUCAUGGAGAGCGACGCGCGGAGCACUUCCUCUUUGCCUUACGAUGAUAUUGAUGAAGUGGUCGAGACUCAGCCGCUGACCUCUCAGGCCUCAGGAGAUCGCUACAUCCACGAUGGCGCCCUCGAUCAGAGCUCAGACGGGGUGACCUACGAGGUGGAUGAUCCACAGGAGAAUUACGAUGACAUUGAAGCCGGACCUGAAAUCACUCAGACUGAAGCUGAAGUCCACGACAGCCCCCAAACCACACCUGAAAGUGUCACAGCCACACCUCCGGGAUUGAUGCAGAAGGCGGAUGAGGACUACCUGGUGCCAGGCGAAGAUGGGUGAGGAAAAAGCGGGUCUAAUCUGGAAAAGUGGAUCACCCCAAAACCCAGCUCCUUUUUUUCUUUAAUGGCAAACUAUAAAAUUGCAUCCCUAGAAAUUGAAUCAACCAUAAUCUGAAAAACUGACAAUGUCAAGUCAGACAAGAUUGUACAGUUUAUGAAAAGGCAAACAGACAUGUUUUACAGUCUUACAUGUUCCCUGUAUACACAGAAAAUGUAAUCUAAUGUGUACUGCUGAUGUGCUCACUGACACUCCAGUGAGACCAUGUUUGCUCUAUCUGUGUAUUAUUACCUGUACAAAGUGUUGGCCUGCCAUCAAAUCACAGGUAAGAAACAUUUAUUUCUCGUUAAAUGUACAGUAGAGUGAUAAGAACAUUUCUUUUUUUUUCCCGUCUAAAGUUACUGACUGCUUUUUGCUUUUAUGCAACAUACUCAGAAUGUUUUACAAUCAUAUAUCAUUUUUUUGAUUCAGCAAAAAUUUAAGAAAAAUCUUAUGCAUAUUUAGUAGUUAAGCUUCUAUGAUUUCUGCAAUAUUUUAUGAGAAAUGACUUUUUCAGUAGUGUGUCAGUGUACGUAUCCAUUGCAAUUAAUCCAAACAACUAUAUAAGCAAGGCCUAUGAAUGAAAAAAUGAAAUAAAUGAAUGAUGAAAAUAUGAGUCAAACUGCUUGUAUAACACGGCUGAUACAGCAAACUCAGGUUAUAUUACCACAUUACAUUGUAUAUUUUUAAUUUUAUAGGCUUUGUAAGAAUGUAUAACAUGAGAUUUCACUGUCACAUUCAUGUUUUUGUACAGCAAUAGUUAUCGAGAAUUAUAUGAGGAGAUUGAUAUCACUCUCAUGUGUGUACACUAAAUAUGAACCAUCUUGUGACUCUAGCUUCAUAUUUAGCAUACAGGUAUGAAUUUUUAUCUAACUUUUGGCAAGAAAGCAUUUAAAAAUAUUGAUUAAAAUGUGUUUAUAAUGUACUGUUAGCAUUGGUUGUCAUAUUUUAUUAUUUGAGUGUCUUCAACAACAGUGUAGGUGUUGUCAAAUUAUAUUUAAAGCUGCAGUAGGUAUCUUGUACAAAAAUGACUUUUUGUCAUAUUUGCUGAAACUUUCACUAUAUCCUGACAGUAGAACAUGAGACGAUUAAUCGUUCUUGCAAAUGCCAUCCUUAGGAGCACUAGGAGGAUUUUUUCACAGAUUAUCUGUCUAAUGGGUCUAAUAGGAUAUAGUGAGGUUCAGCAAAUGUAGCAAAAGGUUAUUUUUUAUAAAAAUUACCUACUGCAGCUUUAAAUGAACUAAACUUGUAAAAACUACAACAUCAUCAACAAAAAACCUGUUUACUGUUACUUAUGAUGUCUUUCAUGGUGUGAUAUUUUUGAUUCUUGUAAAGUUGCUGUAUAUCUUGCGACUGCAUGUUACACUUCAUUAAAUUCAGUUAAUGCAUCUUAGCAUCAGCCGUGCAGCAAUUAUUUUAUCUUAUGGCACUGGAGCAAUGAAUAUUUGUAUGUCUGUAUGGAAUAUCUGUAGCAUGUGUGAGCCUUGUUAUAAUAGCAGUUUUUUGUAGAAACAUUAAAUUCUUUACAGAGA